UUAUUUUUUGGACAAGGCUAAUUGCGUGAUUAGUUCCUUGAUUUUUGCUAAACGUUUUAGACUGAUUACAUUUGACCGUUUUUUCAAAACUGAUUAAUCACUACAAGAAAAACGGGUUUGGGCGACGAACUUCAUUAGUAUGGGCAACGAAAUAUGUUGUCGUUGCACAAAAAUGUUAAUAUGGGCUUCUAAUCCAAUUUCGUUGCCCAAAUCUAUAUUUUGGGCGACGAAAUACAAUCCCGUAGCCCAAUAUGACUUUUGUGCCACGAGUAUAUAUAUAUGGGCUACCAAUUUUUGUUUCGUUGCCCAAAUUUAAUAAAACGACAAAUUAAUUUAAUUCUACAGUCGCCCAAAACUUAAAAAUAAGGCGGAAAUUUUAAUUUUUAUUUUGUAAUUUCCCACGUUCACAAAUUAGUAUAGAGUUCUCUCGCGGUUUUUCCCAAACUAAUGAACUCUUAAUUCUAUUCAAAAAAAAAAUGAACUACUCUUAAUUAAUCAGGUAUUCAACUCCCACCUCACCUCUAAUUCAAUCUUCUCCCUAAAACGAAACCCUCGUACUCUACCUCUAAUUGCAUAAUCUUCUCCUCAAAUCAGGUUUUUUCGGUGGCCGCUCCGAUCUAGUCUGGUUCUCUCCGACGCGGCACACAAUAUCUUACACUACACUCGCAUCUAAAGAGUAUCUAUUCAGGAAAAUGGCAAUUGAGCAAGUGCAGCGGGAUGCAUCACAGUUGCCUAAGACAAGGCAAGCGUCAAGUACAAGGCAACAUGUGCACAAUGUGCAACAACAGAAUACAAAGCAGCAACAACAACAAAAUGCAGAACAGCAACAAGAAACUGUCCAGCAACAACAACUGCAGAUUGUGGGGCAGCAACAACAAACUGUCCAGCAGCAACAACAGCAGAAUGUGCAUCAGCAGCAACAACAGCAGAUUGUGGGGCAGCAACAACAACCGAAUCAGGAGCAGCAGCAUGAUGCAGAAGCAUCAACUAGUGAUCAGUCCAGAGAGCAAAGAUUGACAUACCGGGAGAAACGAAGGCUUGAACAAGCUGAACAUCGACUAAAGUUUCCUGAUCGUAAGAGGCGUGGGCCAACUAGGGGUAAGAAAUAUGUUACUAAGAUGUGGAAUCCUAAUUCUGAAGAAAAGAUUAAAAUAAAUUUCAUGGAUGAGCUUCGACGGGUGGUUGGUGAAAAGGCAGAUGAAUUCAUAUGUGAUUGUAGCAAUUGGGUGAAAGAAUUUUGUCCCCUCAAGUCAUUGAAUUGGACUAAAAUGGAUUCAGGUGCAAAAGAGAGGCUGUAUAAAAAGAUUCGAGCUAAAUAUGAUUUACCUGAUAAAGUUGCUGGUGCUGAUGUUACUGAUGCGUUGAGCUUUCAGUGCUCCAUGUUGUAUAAACAUUGGAGAUUUAGGCUUAAAGAGAAAUACUUUAGAAACAAGUCUAUUGCAGAUGCUAUAAAUAGCAGACCAGAUAAUAUUGAUGCUAACCAAUGGACAUGGCUAGUAUGUGAGUAUUGGAAUGAUGAAAAGCAAAAGCGUAUUAGUAAAGUUAACACGGAUAAUAAGCUUAAGCAAACUGAAACUCCUGCAAAUGGUGCAAGGUCUACCGCAAGAAUUUUCCAUGAAUUGAUGAAUGUGCAACAAACUCAAGGUAGUCAAGAACAUGAAGGAUCAUCAGAUAAUCCACUUGAAACUCAACAGGAUCCUCUGUACAUCACCUUAUUUGAGAAAACUAAAAAGUAAUCAAUAGUCCCUUGGUGGUUUUUUUUAGUAUUUUUUUAUAUAAG